UUCACUCGGCUACAUAGAGAUAUAUGUGUUGCUGCUAAAUGGAGAUACUUUUCUAUAUUUCAUAUACUUUGGUUAUUUUAUUACUAAUUUAUUUUGUGUUUCGUCGGAUAGGAAACGGCAAUGUUAUUCCAGGACCUAAGGGAUUGACUGUUAUUGGCUGUCUGUUUGAAUUUUCAUUAAAAACUAUGCACACAAAAUGUAUGGAAUAUGCUCAAAAAUAUGGAGAUAUAGUACGAGUAAACAUUUUAGGGAUUAACAUUAUAACAUUCAACACGGUCGAAUUUGUACAGAAAGCGUUCACUGAGGACAGAUAGAAAACCCAUCUCAAUGACAGGCCGUCUACCUUCUUCGGGAAAUAUGUAUUCUACGACAAUAAGGGUAUCACGCUAACCUCGGAUGGAAAUAGUACUUUACAUUUAGAUCUUUCUGGUGAACCAAUAAAAGAUUGUGACGGUGUGGAUGUAUUUUGGGAAUUCAACGAGGCUUUCGAUUUCAUGAUAACACCAAAGGCAAAUGCUGUUUAUACACAGUUGUACCCUUUAUGCGAUUUUUGCCAGGAACAUUCAGAGGAUCUUGACCGCUAGGGAAAAAAUACAUGAGAAAUACAUGUAUCGUAUCAAGGAGACUCGUGAGAAAGACAAGGUUAGAGGAUACGUUGAUUUUCUUCUGAAUGAACAAGACCGACAGCUUGAAACUGGAAAUGAAGUAUUUCUCACAGACGAGACUAUAAAUGCAAUGCUGCAAGAACUCGUUAUAGCUGGCUUUAUAACAACAUUUUCUACGCUGAGUAAUUUAUUUCUUUGCUUGAUGAACCAUCCAAACUACCAGCGUAAGGCACAAAAAGAAUUGAACAGAGUAGUCGGUAAUGAGCGUCUACCGACCAUUGAUGAUAUUUAUCGAAGCGCUUGUUAUGGAAACCCUAAGAUACAGUACCACUUGGUGGACAUCAUGCGACUGGAAGAAGUUUGCAAUUUGAAGGAUUUCAAAUACCAGCCAACAGUACUGGCGAAUUUGUGGUUUAUACACCAUGACGAACGUAUCUGGGGAGAUCCUUGGACAUUUAGACCUGAGAGAUUCUUAAAUGAUAAAGGUCAGCUUCUAGAAAGAGAACAUGUGUUUUGGAAAAGUUUGAUUCCAUUUGGUGUAGGUAGACGACAAUGUAUUGGAGAACCAUUUGCCCGCUCAAGGAUAUUUCUGUAUACAGCAUCAUUGUUACAGGAGUGGACGUUUGUUCCAUCACCUGGCAAAGUCGGGACAUGUGAUCGAAGGAAGGGGGAUUUCAAGAUAAAUGCACUGAUAAGGAAGGAGUCCCUCUUUUGUACUGUAGAAGAUGCAGAAACAGGCGGAUAAACUUCCUUUUGUAGGAUGUGGCAGUGUAAUUUAUAAUUAACAUACUCUGUUUUGUAUAGGAAGUAAUAUCUAAUCAUAUAAUCAUUCAAUGCUAUGUAUAAAGUUUACCUCAUCUUUCUUAUCAUUUAAAUAUUAUGUAAAAGAAAUAAGUAAAUUACUAUACAUUUAACACAUGUAAACAAAAGUUUAUAGUUGUGUUUCAUUUGUGUAUGCGUGAGUGUGAGUGUGUGGAGCUAUUUUACCAAAACCAUAUGGGCUAGUAAUUUUUGGAGAGAGAAAAUAUGAACAGACAAACCUUUGUAAUUCUUACAUAUCUUAUAUAUUUCAGUUCUAAUCACUAGUUGCUGGUAUUGAAAAGUUAUGAUUUUAACGUAGAAUAACGCAUGUUUCUUCUUGUAAAUUAAAUUAACCGACCGUCCGGCAAGCUCAUUUUGCAGAAGACUAUUAAAAAGGAAAAGCAUAAAUAAAAUACGUGCCCAUAACAACGUGACGCGGGCGACUUCGAUUGAAUCAAGUCAGCUAAAUAGUCUUUUUUUCUAUAUGUAGUAUUUUAUGCAAGAACAACGACAAUUAACCUUUGUUUCAUGUAACAACACCUGCAGAAUCCCCCUGGCUAUGUUGGUGCAGUCAUCCUUCAAGCUCAUUCACUUAUCAAUCCCUGCAGAUUCUGCAGAUGUGAUUAUACGAAAAAUAAACAACAUGUGUCAUCUCUGC